CCGCCCUCUUUGCUUCAACGGUAUAAUGCGAUAACUAAUAUCCUCGCUCAUGAGAUUGAGGUCAUCUGUCCGCAGUAGGAGUCAGCCCACUGAAUGCACGAAAGAUGUACAUGUUAGGUCAAGACCUCGUGUCAAAAGCGAUAUUUGUAAGGAGAAGACUGGUGGAAUCUUGAAAACCAAUACAUCGAAUUCCAAAGACUCCAUUCCAUUAACCAGCAAAAAUGAGUUGAUAAAAAAAUGUCAUACUAAGGGGAAACUGGACAGUAAAAUUCUCCCAUCUCAGGACCCGUAUCUUUUUAUGGAUGAUGAUGAAGAUAAAGAGAAUAUCGAUCCGAAUAGUCGCAAACAGACAAAUAAAAAGCGUGUUGCAAGAGCAAAAGUCGCUCAUUCAGUCAAACCUAGAUCAAGGAAGCUUUUAUCACCAACACGACCAACAGGACGUGUUAAUCAGAUCAUGCGUCAAGAAAUGAAGCAGUUGUAUUCUCCUGAGCCAAAGAAAUUGUCAUGCGUAAUGAAUCCUCAGGUUGCUCUAACCCUCAUAGACUUAAAUCGACGGAAUAAUCUUGAAAGCAGCUCUGCGAACUCUAACUCAACUCCUAAUGUUGAAAGUAAAAGUCUCCCAUCAAAUAUUACUGACAAAGUUGUUGUCGGUAGUGCUGUCAGCUCUUUGCAUGUUAUCAAUGGCGUUCCUGAUACUCCCGAACAUCAGAAUAAUGUUUCUGUACGUACUCCGGAGGUAUCUGUUCCAGUUAUCCUAAAACAAGCAUUGGAUAAUUUAAAGCCACAUAUUUCUUCAACACCAGCAACUUCUAGUGGAAUUGUCAUAUCACAUCCUGAGUUUGUUGUUACUCCAAUUAACUGUCCUGUGAAUAGCAAAAAUAUUGCUACAAAUGAUAAUAACUCUAAUCAAAUAACCGAUAAUCAAUCACAAAGCCAACCGAUAUCCACUUCAGAUACCUACACUAAUACGAGUGAAGAUAACUCUUCCUCUAAGGAUCGUAGCAAAGAAUCAACUUCAAGUAGUGGUCAACGACGUAAAAGGGAAUCAAAGAGUGAUAGGGAGAAAGCAUAUAAUUCAUGGUUAGACGAAUUCAACGCAGAACUUCAAAAGUAUGAAUCAUUUGAAUUAAGCAUAGAAAAGGAUACUACGACUUCGACAAAAGCUAAUCACUAAUUAGUAUUGUUAUUUUUUUAAUAUUAUUUUAUAUCAUUCCUCAUUCAUUUGGAUAUAUAUAUUCAUUACUUUUACCUCUAUAUACAUACUACUUUUUAUAACCCCACUGACUGUCUGAUUAAUAUAUACAUCCAUGCAUACGUGUACAUAUACAAUCUGUACUGAUUUUGUGUGCAUUUAUUUUCAUAAUAUGUAUAUCUUUGAUUAUAUCUAUUAUAAUUCAUAUACCUUAAA